UCCUUGGUUUGGGGGGGAAGGGUGUGCGGGGCUAAUUGGUGACAUUUGGGAGGGCAGGAAGAAUUUCCUGGCACCCACAUGCCCUCCCUCUGGGAUCAGAGCCCAGGCCACUGGAGGCUGGCUUGGUGAAGCACAUGAUCGAUGAGAGAGGGUAUGAAAAUGGCAGCUUGAGAGCCCCCGCACUCCGCCCUCCGCCCCCAUUCUGGUCCCGGAUCUGCAACAAACUCACACCUUGGGCAAAGCACUUGGCACGUGUGGGCUCCGUUUUCCUUUACCUGUGAAAGUGCAGGCUGGAUCCCACGAUCUGGGUGACCCUUUCAACCCUGACAGCGGUCAACUCCAGGGUGAAACUCAGGGUCGGGGGGCUUGAUCCCCUCUCUGCUCUCCAGCUCCUCCCUAAUUCCCACUCCAGCCUGAAGCCUCCUUCCCUGGGACCGACAGCUAGGACAGCCGGGGCUAUUUAUGGUAGGGCCUGUGUGUGCUCCCCUGCCCCUCCCACUCCAGGCCUCAGCCUGGCUCAGGCCCCGUCAGCCAGUGGAAUCGUCCCGAGGCCUGCUUCUUUGGCUCCCUCUCUCCCAGAAACUGGCUAUGCCUGGAAGAAGGAGCUCCCCUCCCCCCUGGGGACACCGUCUGGGGAGCCGUCCUUCGGCCCCUGCCUGCCGGGUCUGGGGGUCCCGGUCCGGCCCGGCCCGGGAGCCGACUCGGCCGUCGCCUCUACUGUGCCGUGAUAUGGCCCUGCAGAACGCCCUGUACACGGGAGACCUGGCGAGGUUGCAGGAGCUGUUUCCCCCGCACAGCACAGCCGACCUGGUCCUGGAGCACCGGGCCGCCGAGCCUCGUUGGAGCAGUCACCAGAGGGGACUCUGGUCUCUGACGUACGAAGAGGAGCUGACCACCCCGCUGCACGUGGCGGCUAGCCGGGGCCACACGGACGUUCUGCGGCUGCUGCUGAGGCGGCGGGCAAGGCCCGACAGUGCCCCCGGGGGUCGCACCGCCCUGCACGAGGCCUGUGCCGCGGGCCACGCUGCCUGUGUCCACGUACUGCUGGUGGCAGGAGCCGACCCCAACAUCCCUGACCAGGACGGCAAACUCCCCUUGCACCUCUGCCGGGGGGCUGGCACCCUCGAGUGUGCAGAACUGCUCCUGAGGUUUGGGGCGAAAGUGGAUGGCCGGUCUGAGGAGGAGGAGGAGACCCCUUUGCAUGUGGCCGCCCGGCUGGGCCACGUGGAACUGGCGGAACUCCUUCUGAGACGGGGGGCAUGCCCGAAUGCCCGGAAUGUCGAAGGCUGGACCCCACUGCUGGCUGCCUGUGACAUCCGCUGCACAUCCUCCGCCGAGGCCGAGGCCACCACCGCCCGCUGCCUCCAGCUGUGCCACCUGCUGCUCUCGGCUGGAGCCGAGGCCGAUGCUGCCGACCAGGACAAGCGCCGGCCCCUGCACCUGGCCUGUCGCCGUGGUCACGCGGCCGUCGUGGAGCUGCUCCUGUCCUGCGGUGUCAGUGCCAAUGCCAUGGACUAUGGGGGACACACGCCCCUGCACUGCGCUCUACAGGGCCCAGCUGCGGCCUUGGCCCAGAGCCCAGAGCACGCAGUGCGAGCUCUGCUUAACCAUGGUGCCGUCCGUGUCUGGCCUGGGGCCCUCCCCAAGAUGCAGCCUGACACAUCUGAGCACGUGACUCAGUUCAUCAUCUUUCAUUCAUCAAGCAAGCAAAGCCCAGUAGGGGGCAAAGACAAGGACGCAGACCAGCAGGAGGGGUGUAUGUGUGUGUGUCGUGUAUGUGUGUGUGUGCGUGCACACACACACGUGCUCACACAUGCAUAUACACGUGCGUGUGCAUAAAUGUGUAUGCAUGCAUGUGUGCAUGCACACGUGUGUGAUGGAGGUGGAUUGAGGGCAGGGGGCCAGAUUGUCAUGCAUCUGAAAAGACGGGAACCAGGACUGAUGUGGGCUUCAGGGAGUCCUUUCUUCAUCAGGGGGGUAAGCCAAUGAAAGAAUCGUGCAGGAAGCUCUGCCUGGCCGUGGGAUCCGUUCAGUGAGACAUUCUGUGCCCAGGAGAGGCUUCCCAGAGCAGAGCGAUGAGCCUGGGUCAUGAGGUUCAAAGCCUCCUGACCUUUUGCAGACAGACAUGGUCCCUGUUUUUGAGAGCUUAGCAGGACAUGCAUCACCCAGACCAGCAGCUGCUAACCUGGCAUGGGAGAAAAAGCCUUUCACCGUCAAUUUCCUGUCUGUAUCUUAUCUUAUUAACAUAAAAUGUUCCCAUAGUGGGUUCAACUUGAA